CAAAACCAAAACAAGUAAGAAAAUAAUUGCCUCAAAUUUUCUGCUCAAACUUGACAGACCUUCUUGGACUCUCCCUGCUCCCCUUAUUAUCAGCAACAAGAAGAUUGACACACACCCAAAAAUAAAAAUUUGGUUUUUUUUUUUCUCUCUUUUUAUACUUAAUUCCCACCAUUUCUUUUGGUGGAUUUGAUCAAAAAAAGAAAAAAACCCAUGUCAGAUUUAUAUAAUCCUAAUUUUUCACCAUUAAGACCAGUGUCUCCACAAAUUAGACCCAAUAGAGAUGUUGAUAGUCAGUAUUUGGCUGAAUUAUUGGCAGAACAUGAAAAGCUUCAGCCUUUUAUACAAGUUUUUCCUUUAUGUACAAGAUUCUUAAAUAAAGAAAUCUUGAGGGUCUCUUCUAUGUUGCAUAACCAAGGGUUUAACGAGCAUGACAGACUGCGGCAUAGAAGCCCGAGUCCCAUGGCUUCUUCAGAUCUUAUGUCAAAUGUUCCAGGAACAGGAAUUUCUGGUUGGAAUGGUUUUCGACAAGAGCAGCGAUUAAGUGGAAUGACAAUGGACUGGCAAGGUGCUCCAGCAAGCCCUAGUUCAUACACUGUAAAGCGAAUCAUGCGGCUAGAAAUUCCUGUUGACUCUUAUCCCAAUUUUAACUUCGUCGGCCGGCUUUUGGGACCUAGAGGCAAUUCACUAAAACGUAUAGAAGCUACAACGGGUUGUCGUGUGUUUAUUAGAGGAAAGGGAUCAAUCAAGGAUCCUGAUAAGGAAGAGAAGCUAAGGGGAAGACCAGGCUACGAGCAUCUAAACGAACCACUUCAUAUCUUGAUCGAAGCUGAUUUGCCUGCAACUGUUGUUGAUUUAAGGCUGAGGCAGGCACAAGAAAUAAUUGAAGAGUUGCUCAAACCCGUGGAUGAGACUGAAGAUUAUAUCAAAAGACAGCAGUUACGAGAACUAGCCAUGCUGAAUUCAAAUUUUCGUGAAGAGAGUCCCGGACCAAGUGGCAGCGUGUCACCAUUCAACACAAGUGGCAUGAAACGUCCCAAAACUGGGCGUUAGUAAGAUCCUACCUGAAACCUGCUAUACAUAUACACCCUGAUAUAUAUUAUAUCACUUAAUUUUCUGAACAAAGUUGAAAUGUAUAGGCUGACUCUUCUGACCAGCGAGUUUCUUAUUGGAUUUUAUGUUAUUUUUUAUUUUAAAGAAAAUAGAACAGUAGGUACAGAUUGGAGUAUAAAGUUUAGAGCAAGGAAUGAUUCAUUUUUCUUGUUUGUUUGGUGAUGCAUUUGUAAAAUAAGAUUCAUUAAAUUUAUUCAUGUGAGAUUGUUGUUACA